AAAGAGGCUUAAUGUCUGCAGGACAUGCUUAACGUUUGUCCAUCUAUGUUCUUUUCCUAACAACCUGCACAGCUGGAACAUAGAUGCACAGAGACUGGCAAUCUGCUCCACUCAGGAGCUCUUUAUGACAAAAUUAGAAUUUAGAAUAUAAAGCAGCGUAUUAAUAGUUACAUGUUGAACUGUUUACGUGUUGUUGGGUUUCAGAUGAGCGAUAGUUUCUGUAUGAGGAGAAUUUAGUUGGUUAGUAUAUCAUCUCCCUUUGAUUAAUUUUUUCUGUUGAUUUUCAGCCCUUUUCCGUUUAGACGUUGCUUUUAGACUGCGUGGCACCAUGUGGGAGUUCAGGUCUAUGUCUUUUUGGAGGGCGGUGUUUGCCGAGUUUUACGGCACCAUGUUCUUUGUUUUCUUUGGACUGGGUGCUGCCCUCCGCUGGACCAGCGGGCUCCACAAUGUUCUUCAUGUUGCUUUUUGCUUUGGACUGGCGGCCGCCACCUUCAUCCAAUCCAUUGGCCACAUCAGCGGAGGACACAUCAACCCAGCUGUUACUUUUGCCUACCUGAUCGGAUCUCAGAUGUCCCUGUUCCGGGCUUUCUUCUAUAUCAUAGCUCAGUGUCUCGGAGCCCUGGCUGGUGCUGCUGUGCUGUACGGGGUCACACCCAGCAACAUGAAGGGAAACUUGGCUCUAAACACACUGCAGCCGGGCAUCAGCCUGGGCAUGGCCACCACAAUUGAGAUUUUCCUCACCCUCCAGCUUGUUGUCUGCGUCUUUGCUGUGACGGAUGAGAGGCGCAACGGACGCCUGGGCUCUGCUGCUCUGGCUAUAGGCUUCUCUGUUCUCUUGGGGCAUCUUCUAGGGAUGUACUACACCGGAGCAGGAAUGAAUCCAGCAAGGUCCUUUGCACCAGCUGUCCUCGUCAGGAAUUUUGUCAACCACUGGGUGUACUGGGUGGGGCCCAUGAUUGGUGCAGCUAUAGGUGCCCUGCUGUACGACUUCCUGCUGUUCCCCCGUGUGCGCGAUAUGUCCGAGAGACUUGCCACACUGAAGGGCACACGGUCCCCAGAGGCCCAGCAAGAGACCAGGGGGGAGUCCAUUGAGCUCAAGACACAGGCCCUAUAAGUCUGAAGAUGAAGAUUGGCUUUCUGACCCACCCGCUCUGCACCCUCAGAUCCUGGUCCAUCCUCAGCCCACACACUGUUUUUGCAGACAUACCUCCCCCUCCUCUUUCUUCACACAGGAUAGAGCUCAAACCCCCUUGUUUUCUUGGCUCUGCAUUUGUAUCUGCACCACAGUGAAAGGGCUCCCACAGCCCUGAAUGUCUUAUUUCUCCACUACCCACCCGUCAUUCUCUUCUUUACCCACUUUGGAAUGCAGGACAGAGAUGGAGGGUUAGAAAAGGACUGAAGGAAGCCCUCUAAGUCCUGUGGUGUGGGGAGUCGAUCCUGGAUGACUAACUGCUCGGGACAGGGGUUCAUUAUUUCUAUUUUUCCUUUUAAUUUAAAUUUUCUCUCUAUUUUGUAGUCUGCUAGGAGUG